AUGCAGAUACCACGAUUCGCUCGGGCUCAAACCGCCCUCCUCCUCUCUCUCCUACUAGCCCCCGUAACCGCAACCUCGACGGCUCUACUACACUGCGAAAACAUCCGGGUGGACGGGUUUAGCUUCAACCUCGAAAAGCUCGGGGGACCGCACUCGGUCGUGACGACCUUGAGGGAGCCGCCAAGCUAUACCAAUACGACGUAUACAGUGGAUAUUUGUAAGCCGCUGAAGAAGUCUGGGGAUGCGCCCAAGGAUGAGCAGUGUCCUAACGGCACGAGAGUCUGCGCUAUACAAAGAACCUACAACGAAAGCGACGACGGCGGCCAAAAGGCCGUAGUCCGAAAAGUCGUCCCCAUAGCCGGCGCCCUCCAAGACCACGGCGCCUUCGCCUUCGACUACGAAGCCGCGCGCCUAAAGACGAGCGAUUCCAACUCGGAUUCCCGACAGGAGGGCUUACGGCUCAUCCUCAAGGGCGGAGCGUAUCCCCUCGACGUGCCGCACAAGGAGCAGACGCGCCAGCGGGCCGUGAUCGAGUUUAUUUGCGAUCCUGAGAAGGAGGGCAAUGAGGGCGAGUGGGAAUCGGAUGACAAGUACGACGAGGAGGGUGGUCAAGAUGAAGAGGGGAAGACGCGGAGGAAGAGGGAUGAUGGGGAGAAGCAGCUCAUGAAGGAUGGUGCGGCGUUGAAGUUUAUUAGUUAUGGGAAGGAGACGGAUUCGGAUUGGGAAACGCUGAGGUUGGAGUGGAGGACGAGUCAUGCUUGCGAGAGUGGUUAUGACCAGGGUUCGGCGAGCUGGGGAUUGUUUACUUGGCUUGUUGUCAUCGUAUUCAUGGGCAUUGCGGCCUACCUCAUCUUCGGCUCGUGGCUCAACUACAACAGGUACGGAGCCCGCGGCUGGGACCUCGUUCCCCACGGCGAUGCCAUCCGCGACAUCCCUUACCUCAUGAAGGAUUGGACUCGGAGCGUCCUCAACACCGUGCAGGGGUCCGGCAGCAGAGGAGGAUACAGCGCUGUCUAG